AGCCAACCUAGGUCUCUUAAAGCAAAGGCACUUCGCUUCCUCAAAAGAGAUGGUAUCUGUCCUCUGCUAACCACAGUGCAACUCCCUGGUGAAGUUGUUUUUCUUUGUUGUAAUCAGAGAUAAGGCUGAAGUCAAGCAUCUGCGUGCGAAUGUACAUGCACAGGAUUUGGCCUACGUCACUCUUGCACACCUAUCUUAGGCACAUUACCUGAUGUUCUGAUGGAUUUUGGUUUCCUCGAGGUUAUAUUUAAUAAGAGAGAAUUACUGAUGCUCAGAACAUCUCAAGACAGGCAGCACACAUCUGGACAUAUUGUCAGUUUGCUACAGUGGAUGAUCAUUACUGACUAAAAGCAGCACAAAUAUUCCCUGCACCCAGCUAUACCAUCUGAUUCUCCAAUUUAUAAAGUACUAUUCCUGCAGGAUUUCCUAUCUUUGUGCAAACAUGGAAGCCCAACAGAACAAGCUUGAAUUCUUCUAUAAGCUGGGCUAUAGCAAGAAGGAGGUGUGCGAAGUGCUGGAGAAAUUAGGUCAAGAGGCUUCGGAGAAUGAUUUGCUGCAAGAAUUGAUUCUCAUGGGGAAAAGACCUCCAGAGAGUGGGACCCAAUAUUUUCAGUCCAAUCUUGCUGCUCGAGGAGUACCGGGGGUCCUGCCCUUUCCAUUUCCCCAGGGCUCUACUGAGGAACCAAGUGAGGUGUCUGAUGAUUUGAGGCCUAUUGUAAUCGAUGGGAGCAACGUUGCAAUGAGUCAUGGAAACAAAGAAGUAUUUUCAUGCUUAGGAAUUCAGUUGGUGGUAGACUGGUUCAAACAAAGAGGUCACCAGUACAUCAAAGUUUUCGUUCCAUCUUGGAGAAAGGGACAGUCUCGAUUUGAUACCCCUGUUACAGAUCCACAUAUCCUUGAAAGCUUGGCCAAGCAAGCAAUUCUCAUCUACACACCAUCCCGCAAAAUAAAGGGCAAAAGAAUGAUGUGCUAUGAUGAUCGCUACAUUGUUAAAUUGGCCUAUGAGCAAGACGGGGUCAUUGUUUCCAACGACAACUUUCGAGAUCUGCAGAAUGAAAACCCUGAGUGGAAAUGGUUCAUUGAGCAGCGACUGCUCAUGUAUUCUUUCGUCAAUGACAAAUUCAUGCCACCUGAUGAUCCUUUGGGCAGAUACGGACCUUCUCUGAACAAUUUUCUAAGCAAAAAGCCUCUUUUCCCUGAAUCAAAAUGGCAGCUCUGUCCUUAUGGCAAAAAAUGCACCUAUGGCAUCAAAUGCAAAUUUUAUCACCCAGAAAGACUGAACUGGGACUAUCUCUCUGUAGCUGAUGAACUCCGGGUCAAAGCAAAAACCUACUCAUCCAGUCAGAAGACUGAAGAAGAGAAGAAGGGAACAAACCCCACGAAGAGUGGACAUCCAUCAUCUCUAUAUACUCAUAAAAGUGCUAUUAACAGGAGCAGCACAGCAUUCAGCUCAGAAGUAGUUCACACUAGUAUCCCACAACAGAUAGGAGAGUACCAGGUGGAUUCAGCUAACAAUUGGAUAAACAUGUAUCAGGACAGCCAUCAGGUCCCAUUAACUUUAUUACAACAUGGUCAAACUGCUUAUGCAGCAACGGUAUCUGAACAAUUCACAGCAUCUUCUCUAACUGCCAGGACUUAUUCUGGAAAUACACUUGGAGGAUCUGUAAAAUAUGAAGCCUUAGUAGGUGAGCCUCCUAGGGGCCAUUACCUCAGGUACAGCCAGGGUCCACUUUUGUCUCAUCAUAACCGGUGCCUGGACUGUCCAUGUUUAGAAAUGUGUAACAUCCAGGGAUGUUGUAGAAAACAGGCAUCAGCAAUACAAGCCUUACAAGCACCUUCCUUUUUAGCAAGACAGAACUCAAAGGCCCAGCCCAAUGAAGAACGGGAUUCUAUAGAUUCUUCAGCUGAGAUAUUUUUAUAUAGCCAGUAUGGGGAGAUGGGUCACAUUGGACAUUUGCAAGCCAGACCUUAUGACCAAUUAUUUUUGUUAAAUUCCAACUCACUCACAAGGCACAGUUGUCCUUCUGGUGUGGAGUCUCAGCAGAAUUUGGCUCAAACUCCAUUUUCUCAAGAGCAAGCAAAUGUCCAGCAACCCCUAAGGUUCCCAUAUUUUCAGGAAAACCAAGCCUUAAUGUCAUCCAACACAGACAUAAUGAGAAAUUUUAUACCAUUAGCUAGGAAGUAUGGGAAUCUGCAUAGUAGGUUCCCUAAUAGGAAACCGUGGUAAAGGUUUUCUCAUGUCUUCUUUACACAAGGUACAUUCAACUUCAGUAAAUCAACUGGUAAGAACACACACACACACACACACACGCACAAAAUUUAUGUUUUUCUGGUUUCAAACAUCUAUGUCCUAUUUUGCCAUCCUCAAAAAUAUCCUAAGUUUCAAUCCGUUAAGCCAAUUUAUAUUCUUAUUUGGAUCCUUCCUAUAUGCACUUCCCAUAAACAUCCUCUUAGAUGGCUUUAGCUUCAUAUGUUUCUACCGUAUUUAAACAUUCCCCAACAAUUUAUUCUUUUAUCAAACCACGAGCAAGGUGGUUUUUUUUCUCCAAUCUGUUUGGUAAGGUUUCUGUUUAACAAAGGUAUUCUAGGCUUAAGUCAAACUCUAGUGGCUAUUUAGAUAUGACCAUGUACAGUAAGUUUAGUUUGUUAUUUACUGGACUAUCCUAUGUGUAGUUUUCUUGGCAACAAUACAACAAAAAUAUGAGUUAUUUUCAAUUGCCUUUUUCCAGGAUGUUUUUCUAACAGAUCUGAGAUUUCCUGGUGGUUUCCCAUCCAGGGCUGUCAUUGCUGAGUCCUUAAGAGAGCAGCCAAGUUCAGUAAGGACUGCCAGCUGCUCUGACAUGCUAGUCUUGUAGUAGAAAGGCAAAGGUACAAAUGACAACAGUGUUCUCCCAGUCACCAAAGGAUAUAUUUUCAGUCAUUAUGACAAGUUGGACUCCCAAGUAUUAGGCUUAUGAAUACAGACAUUUAUACCUCCUUUUCUUAAUAGCCAACAGAGAAAAAUAAGCCUUCAGAUGGCCUAUAUGUUCAAGUCUAUGCCUCCUCCACUUUUUGGCUGGUGUAUUAAUUGAAACUCAUCCUGGACAAAUACUACUUCCCUCAGACUGGCUUAGUUUGUUAUUUACUAGACUAUCCUUGAAUAUGGUAUUUUCAGAAAUUGCAGCUGAACUAGUACAGGGAGAUACCUGGAUUGUUAUCCAAAAACCUCCGUUUUGAUAUAUUUCAAUAAUGUUUUUAAAAAAACCUUCACAGGUUUCUAUGAUGUUUUUAAGAUUAGUUCACAGUGCUGAGGCAAAUAUAAACAGCUAGGAACAACGGUGAUACUAUAUUCUCCCACAACAUCUUUUUACUUGAUAACAUUUUUUUUUUGAAAGCACCAGUUAACUUUUCCUUAUAUUGCUGAAGCUGUGGAUGGAAUAUAAUGUAUGUUAAUGGCUUAUUCUGCAACUGCUUCCCAAUUUACCUAUUGUCUGCUUGUGGGAGAAUUGCACAAAUUAUAUUGAUAUAUUAUUUUUGAAUUCAAAAUAAGUAUGGAAGCUACCAUGAGGACCUAUUAGUGGAAAAGUGAAGGACAGCUCUUUUAAAUAAAAAUAAUU